AGGGGGAAGGAUCAGUGGCCGUGAAGGUGGGUGGGGGUCAGCGGCUGUGUGGAUGAGAGUUGGGGAUGGGGGGGGACUCUGGGUCCUCCCCGGACAGGCUGACCUACCCCCUCCCAACCAGCAUGAACCCCUAUGUGGGUUUGGUGAGCAGCCUGCGCGCUGCGUGGCUCACGGGGAAGACGCGCACCACUGAGCACCGGCUCUCCCAGCUGGAGGCGCUGGGCCGCUUCCUGGAUGACAAGAAGCAGCCUAUCCUGGAUGCCAUGGCCUCGGACAUGCGCAAGCCCCCCUUUGAGGUGGAGCUCUCUGAGAUUAUCCUGGUCAAGAAUGAGGUCAACUACGCACUCAACAACCUGUCCACCUGGAUGAAGGACGAGGGCGUGGACAAGAACCUGGUGACUCAGCUGGACACGGCCUUCAUCCGGAAGGAGCCCUAUGGGGUGGUGCUGAUCAUCGGGCCCUGGAACUACCCCUUGCAGCUCAUUCUGGUGCCCCUGGUCGGGGCCAUCGCUGCUGGAAACUGUGUCAUCAUCAAACCCUCCGAGAUCAGCAGCAGCACUGAGAAGCUCGUGGCUGAGAUGCUGCCCAGCUACCUGGACAAGGACUGCUUUGCUGUGGUGACUGGGGGCCCCGCAGAGACCACCCAGCUGCUGGAGAACAAGUUUGACUACAUCUUCUUCACUGGCAACCCCCAAGUGGGCAAGAUCGUGAUGGCAGCUGCGGCCACGCACCUGACGCCGCUGACGCUGGAGCUGGGGGGCAAGAACCCCUGCUACGUGGCUGACGAGAGCGACAUGCAGAAUGUGGCCAACCGGCUGGUCUGGGGGCGCUGCUUCAACGCGGGGCAGACCUGCGUCGCGCCCGACUACGUGCUGUGCAGUGCGGAGACGCAGGAGAAGCUGCUGCCCGCCCUGCGCCACGCCAUCACCCAGUUCUUCGGCCCCGACCCCCGGGAGUCGCCCGACUUCGCCCGCAUCAUCAGUGACAAGCAGUUCCAGCGCAUCCGGGCCCUGCUGGGCAGUGGGCGCGUGGCCAUCGGGGGGCAGACGGACGAGAAGGAGCGCUACGUCGCCCCCACGGUGCUGGUGGACGUGCAGCCGUCAGAGCCUGCCAUGCAGGAGGAGAUCUUCGGGCCUGUCCUGCCCAUCGUCACCGUGCCCAACGUGGACGAAGCCAUCGCCUUCAUCAACAGCCGGGAGCGGCCGCUGGUCGUGUACGUCUUUGCCGCCAACAGCAAGCUGGUGCGCCGGGUGCUGGAGCGGACGAGCAGCGGAGGUUUUGGUGCCAAUGACUCCGUGAUGCAAAUGACGCUAAUCUCGCUGCCCUUUGGUGGGAUUGGGAACAGUGGGCUGGGCUCGUACCACGGCAAGUUCAGCUUUGACACCUUCUCUCACCACCGCGCCUGCCUCCUGCGCAGCAUGGGCCUGGAGACCAUGAACUCCCUGCGCUACCCACCCUACAGCGAGCGCAAAAGGGGGCUGGUCCUCUCCACCUUCAGGAUCAAGCAUACGGGCACCUGCACCCUGCUGUGAUGGGUGGCCCAGCCCAGCCACCCAGCACCACACGACUCCUGUGUUGCCUGACUGCCAUGCCGGGGAGGAGCAGCUGGCUUGAGCUCCCAAGCUGACCUAGGAAAUCUGACCCCCACCUUCCAUGGGUUAAAGACACUCUCCAGCCUUCCUCUUUCCCCUACUGACGAGGGAAGAAAAUGAUCUGGAAUGUUUAAGGCUCAAUGUCCUAACACAGCAUUUUUCAAACUGGGGUCCGUGAGGAUACCCCAGGGGGUCCGUGAGGAUACCCCAGGGGGUCCACCGGCCCUGCUGAUCAACUCUUCCCUGUUCCUCCCUCAACUCCUCUCCCUCCCUCCCAGUGCCUACAGCACAGCGGGGAACAGCUUGUGACGAAGUGGGACUGUUCUUAAUGUUUCCUCUGAAUAGUGUGGGGGUGCCUCAGUUUCCUCUAUGCAGUUCUUAAGUAUCUAGGUGGUGGGGUAAGGGUGUAUGAUCAUUGCAGAGCCCUAGAGGGCAGGUGUGUGCAGGGGUCUGGACACAGAGAAUGGCCGACACCCUGUUUCCUGGCAACUGAUGGCCUGGCCCUUGCCCCCUGCAAGGUGAGAGCUAAAGGGUUGGAGAACAAAGGAAUCAGGUGACCUCCUGGCCUGGGAAAGGAACAAAGCCCAGAGGAGGGGGGGCUGGAGGGAGUUUCAGUUUGGGGCUUGGUGGGACAUGGAGUGAAGUGCAGAAGUGGUUGUCUGGCUCACUGCCCCCCAAAAUGGACCCAGCUGAGGGGUCCUGUUCUCUGCACCUACAAGCUCUGUUUUAGACCAUGUUCCGGUCGUCUGAUAAACCUCUGUUUUACUGGCUA